UCCUCUGCUUACCUUCUGCAUUUUCACAAGGCCUUUAUACUAUUGUUUGUUUGUUUGCUAACUACACUCAUCCAAUGUGGCCAAAUCAUGAUUGUCUAAGGUGCAUAUGUUAUUCUAAGGCUUACCCUGUCUAAGUUUUCAGAUGCUCGGAGCAGGGAUGGAGUUCUUGUGACCUAAGGUUGCCAUUCAUGGGAACCUUGUUUCCUUUUGAUGUCAUGACCAAGGGGCCGUGCAGGUGGGAUUAGGAUAAUAAUAUCUUUCGUUACUCUUUAUCAGGAAAUAGUCAUAAUAACAACUUGUGAGAGCAACUGUGAUGAAACAUAUCUCUUGGAGUUCUGUUACUUGAUCGUUAUGGUUAUCCAGAUAUGUGUCAGCUUCAUUGGAUGUUCUUGGAAUUAUUUAGUGAGGUUCUGAUUUUUAUGUUUCUGGUAUUCAGUUGUGAAGUUUCCCAUUAUUAAUGUCGAAGCCUUCGUUCUUUCUUUCUUUUUGUCUAUUUUUUCAGCCUCCAUCCGAGAAGGUACAUCAGAUAAUUGCAAGGACUGCUCUGUUUGUCAGCAAACAUGGUGGGCAGUCGGAGUUCAUUCUGAGGGUGAAACAAGGAGACAAUCCAACUUUUGGGUUUUUGAUGCCUGACCAUCACCUUCAUGCAUACUUCAGGUUUCUUGUUGAUCACCCCGAAGUUUUGCAGUUUGACAUUGAUGGAAAACCUCAGAGUGGGGAGCAGAAAACAGGUACUGAGCACAAUCAGACAGAUGGUGUUGGAGGUGGAGCGUUAUCCUUGCUUGGUUCUGUGUACGGGUCUGGGGAGGAUGAGGACGGUGCAUCUGAGGAUGCCUCAGAAUAUAAGGAAAAGGCGGCUGCAGAAACCCUUGAUGCUUUAAGUGCAACAGUUUCUCAUGGUUCAGAGAUGACAGAGUCUCGUGUGAAUGUAGCUACUAAAGAUGAGCCAGUGUACAGGCAUCCAUUUCCAUCCAAAGAAAAGGCUCCUGUGUUAAAAAGGAAUUCUUUCAACUCUGUAUCCAAGGCUGGUAUUACCAGUAGCAUGAGAAAAGAUGACACGUCUGGUUCAUUUUCUGCUGCUUUGGAUAAGUUACAGGCUUCUAGUGUAGCAAUGUCUAAGAUUGAACCUGUACUUUUGGAGCCUCCAUCUGAUUUAAAGAGAUUAGUUGACAAAAUAGUUGAGUUCAUUAUGAAGAAUGGGAAGCAAUUUGAGGCAGUACUCAUUGAACAGGACAGUAAACAUGGUAGAUUUCCAUUUCUUCUGCCAUCUAACCAGUAUCAUCCUUACUAUCUGAAACUUCUCCAAAAAGCGCAAGAGUCAAAAUCAACGGGGAAGAGCUUCCUUUCUGAGAAGGACGAUUCGGUGAAAACUUCUCUAUCAAAGGCAAGUGAUGUUUUGUCCUUAGAAACAGGUGGUUGUGAUGUACCUUUUGAUUCCGACAGGAAAGAGAAGUUUAAGAUGGUGAUUGGCAAGUCAAAGAAGGAAGGGCAGGACCCACUAUCCAAAGCCACCCAACCACAAUUUGGAGUCAGUGUAGAUGCAGCAGCUGCUGCAGCUAUUCUUCAGGCUGCCACAAGAGGUAUGAAGUAUCCUAAUUUGGAUAUUCUUUCAAGUACAUUUCCAAACUGUAAUAGGCAUGAUGAUAUAAUCGAAGGUGGACGGGAAGGCAGUCUCCCUUCAUCUCAACCUGAAAGUGUCAUCCAAAAGUCCAAUAAGAAUGCAGAGAGCAGUAUAGCACUUCAUGUUACCAAGCCAAUAUCUAAGCUUCCUGCUACUGAAGCUGGCAGUGAGGCCUACUCUUCUGAAGCACACUUGACCAAGGAGCAGAAGCUGAAGGCUGAGAGGCUGAAACGGGCAAAGAUGUUUGUGGCCGUGUUGAAAAAUGGAGCUGCACCUUCCAAAACUGAACCACUGCGUGGUUUGUCAGUUGAACCACAAGAAUCUGGGGUUUCUGGUUUUGGUGCUGAGGUUAAUCUUGCAGCCAAAGAAAGGGAAAGUAGCUCAGAUCCUUUAGCUAUCAAUACUUCGGAUAAAAAUCACAAGUCUGAAAGGAAAAAUCCUGGUGAUGAAUUCAAUGAACGAAGAUCAAGAAGGAAGUAUCGAACAAGAUCUGGGAGACGUCAUGAUGAUGAGGAGGAAGGAGAGGAGGAGGAGGAGGAAAGGGAGCGGAAGCGUUCCAGGAAGAAGCACAGGUCUCAUCGUUCAUCACAUGUAGAGGAUGAUGAAGAAGAAAUUGAUGAGGAUGAUGAAAGGGAUAAUAAGCAUUCAAAGAAGCACCGGUCUCAUCGGUCUUCACAUGCAGAUGAUGGAGAUGAAAGUGAAGAAAUGGAUCAUAAACGCUCCAGGAGGAAGCACCGUUCUCAUCAUACUUCACGUGAAGAUGAAGAUAAAGAUGAAAGGUAUCAUACACGAUCCAAGAAGAAACACCGGUCUCCUCAUUCUUCCCAUGAUGAGGAUGACGAAGAAGAAGAUUAUGAGGGAGUGGACAAAAAGGAGCACUCUAGGAAGAAGCACCGGUCUCACCAUUCUUCGCAUCAUAGUAGAGAUCGGCAUAAGAAAAGCAGCAGGCAUUCUUCUUCCAAGGACAGAGAAUCUAGGCGUCUGCACGAGAACGAUAGCUCUACCCAUGAGGAGCAUCAGCACCAUGACAAAUCUGAUAAGCAUAGGAAGAGAUCUCAUUCAGAUGGAGAAGAGUUGGAAGAAGGUGAGAUCAGUUCCAAAAUCUCGGAUCAAUCGAGAGGAAGUGUGGGGGUUGGUCCCAGUAGAGAAGCUUCUGUGGACUUAAGUUCCUAUCGAGAUCGGAGGGACCCAUCUCAGGCCUCUGAAGUUACAGAGGUUUCUGAGGAUCUCCGAGCCAAAAUUAGAGCAAUGUUGAUGGCAACUUUGUAAGAGUUACGCAAGAAUUUGGCAUCAUGUAUUGUAUUGUUAGUACUUUCUGUUUCGUUACAAAAGUUUGUUUAUGCAUUCUAGUGAUUUGUGUGUGUGAGGGGUGUGUGUGUGUGUGUGUGUG